AUGGCUUUUUGCAUCGGCGAUGUCCUCGGCAGAUCCGGCGGUCUCGACACCUUCGACGGCUGUGGCGGCGUCUUCCACGUGGCCACGGUGCUGGACUUCGAGGAGAGAGAGAGCGAGGAGGUGAAGGUCCGGCUGGUCACCAUUGGCACCCGGGCCAUCCUGCAGGCGUGCGCCAACUCCAGAAUCGUGUGUCGCAUGCUCUACACCUCCACCCUCGGCACGACGACCUUAAACGCGAAGUUCUUCGGCUCCUCCAGCGCGACCGUCGCCGUGGGCGAGAGCUCGUGGACCGACGUCGAUUUCCUGUGGUCACUGCGGAUGUUUGCCGAGGCUUACGUGGUAACGAAGACACCAACCGAGAAAUUGGCUCUGGAAUUUGGGGAGAAAUGGCGGCGAGCUGGCGAUAGUGAGAGAGAAAGGCCUUACGAGCAGCGAAUAGGCAUCAUUCGGCGAUACAUUUUGGUGAAGGAGCUGCGCAAGAAGAUGGCCGAGCUACUCUUUCCAGUCGGCAAACUAGGGUUCGAAUUGAAGGCCCCUGAACUUAUGUACAAGUCUCUACCUGCAAAACUUAUCGUUGGAAUGACAUCUAAGGUAGGCCUGUACACACAGAUGGUAGUCUAUGUGCGCGGCGAUAAACCUCACAAGGAGCUGAAAGUUCUGAAGACCAGUGAUGCAGUUAUGAUUCUUCACGAAGUGCCGUACACAGAAGAGAAUGUUAGCAGAAUCCAUGCCGCAAGAAGCAUUGUUGUUUAUGUUACUGUUCCAACUAAGGCAGCAGAUUUAUUCCCAUCCUUUUACUUAUGGUCUGUUGGUGUCUGUUGGAAAUGUUUUGGAUUGUUUGUAGUGGUAAAGAAAAAUGUCGAAAGCAUAGUCAAGGAUGUCUUGCAGUGUGCGUUAAUCGAGUGCCAGGUCGGUGCUUCACUUUGUUUUAUGUUUCUCUUUGAUUUAUGUUUCAGUGUUGUUAGAGAAGACAAGAAACUAUUGAUUGUUGUAUUUCCUGAUGGACGGCAUUCACUCUUAAGGCAAAAAGCUAUUAGCGCAUUAUGGAAUUUAUCCUUUGAUGACCGGAAUCGAGAAGCAAUUGCAGCAGCUGGUGGAGUUAAGGCUUUGUGUCGAAUUAGGCUUUAUUUUUCUAUUAAGUGGUUUCAUCUAGGCGGCAGCAACAACAACAUACCCAGUAUAUUCCCAACAGGUUGGGGUCUGGGGGAUCAGUUUAAGUCAUUCGAUGCCAUUGUGCUUGCUAAGAUUGCUUAUGCUGCUAUUGAUAGCUCAUCAUCGAUCCACGAUGCCACGGUAGAACAUUACAUCGUCGAUGGGCGCCCUGGCUUUUUUUUUUUUUCAAGCAUGGAAACGAAGCGAAGCGAAGUGAAGGAAAGGUUCGUUUGCAGUGUCACAGCCAUUUCAGGUUCCAUGGGAAGGGCAGAGUUUUCGAUUACCGAAUUUUCGAUAACCGACUUUAAUCGAUUCGGUAUCGAUUUUGCUUCCGAGGUUACCGACAUUAUCGGUACGGUAUCGGUAUACGCUUAUCGGUUUGAUAACCGAACCGAUACCCACCCUAGGAGCAGCAACUUGCAAGGUGUCCAAUAUACGCUGCCGGUCCUAUUGAGGGCGAGAGAAAACAAGACAAAAGUCCAUGCGUUUUUCACCAUGCCGCAUAGAACGACUUACUUCUUUCCAAGGCAAUUCCCGGAGCGCAGUCCCAAUGAAUCAUCGUCAAAGUCGGUAGCAGAUCACGACAAGAAAUCCGGCAAGUCGGAGGACGUUCAACGCGGAAAGGUCGCGCUCGAAUCGUUUACAAGCGAAAGCAUCUCCGCCCGUGAACACACGGACAGCAACAGCUUCGUCACGGGGCACAAAAUCCAUGGCCAACACUUGUCCGCCGAGAAAAGAAAGGAGAUAUCACGGACGGGGCAUCUUGAGCCCGAGAAGAUCAGAUUAUGCAAUAACGAAGACUGCAUCGAGGAGGAGGAUCUAGUGAAGCCGCUGCUGACUCUCCCCCCUCCGGCGCCCGACGGUGACCAGCGGCGCAGCGGGAGUGAUUUCAGCGGCGUGGAUCACGAAAGAAGGUUCGAGAGGAAGAAUUCGUUGCAGAGAUUAUCGUGCGAGAGGAGCACGAGCUAUGCCGGGAGUUUGUUCUCGGGGACAACGUUGGACGGGACAUGGUCGCCGGUCACCACUGGAGUACUCAAGGACGGCCCGACGGCGGAAGGGGGUGGGCCCGGGCAAAAUGUGGGCAGUGGAGAUGCCAAGAGGCAAAUGGAGGGUUAUCACUUGAAGAUUAUGCUAGCCAGACGACUUACUCAGCAGGCUUCGACAACUGGGGAGCCUCUCCUUCAGAAGCAUGAAAUUGGUGGACCUCCAGAUCCCGAAACGGUGUCCUAUCGUCUCUGGGCCACUGGAUGCCUGUCUUACUCUGACAAGAUCUCAGAUGGGUUUUAUUGCAUUUUGGGAAUAAACCCUUAUGUAUGGCUAAUGUGCAACGAUUUGGAAGAAGGUAAAAAGUUGCCUUCUCUGAUGGCGCUAAAAGCAAUUGACCCCAAUGACACAAUGCUAGAGGUGACACUCGUGGAUCGACAUGGAGAUUCGCAGCUCAGAGAGCUCGAAGAUAAAGCUCAGGAGAUUUAUUCUUCGGCAGAGAGUAUACUCGCCCUGGCUGAGAAACUUGGCAAACUUGUUGCUUUUCAUAUGGGGGGCUCUUUUCCGGUGGAGCAAGGUGACCUUGAUUUUGGCUGGAAAUUGGUGAACCGAAGAUUGAAGGAUUUAAACAAGUGCAUUGUGUUUCCAGUCGGUGAUCUAUCUAUGGGACUUUGCAGGCACCGAGCCAUACUGUUCAAGAAAUUAGCAGACUACAUUGGUCUGCCUUGUCGGAUAGCUCGAGGUUGCAAGUAUUGCAUUUCCGACCAUCGAUCUUCAUGCGUUAUCAAGAUUGAGGAUGAAAGGAUGCUUCCCAGGGAAUUUGUAGUUGAUCUAGUUGGGCAACCAGGAAAUCUGCAUGGCCCAGAUUCAUCAAUCACUGGAAGUUUACUUUCUGUACCUUCACUGCUACAAAUAUCACAUCUAAAGGAGUUUCAGCAGGAUUAUAGGAAUGAGGCUGAUUGUCAAUUGCUAAACUCAAAGUAUGCUUCUGACAAUAGCAAUUCUGUUUAUUCAGUCGGCCAGGGCAAUACAAAGGAUAUUAUUAUUCCAGAAAAUGCAAAAGAUGAUGGGUGCACUCCAGCAGUUUCUGAUGCUAAAAUAUGUGAGGAUCAUUCUCAGUUAGUCGGUGACGGAGUUAUUAUAAAACAGACAUACAAAAGGGAAGUUGUUUUAUCAAGAAAUGCAGUUUCAAAUCAAGCAGAAAUACAACCCAUUGUAACCUUCUCCGAAAGCAAAGAUCCUAUUGAGGCCAAGAACAAGUUUCAAGAUCAUGGGAAACACCCUGCUUCAAACAUUCCAAAUUAUUUGAGUUUAGAGCCUUCUCUUUCAAUGGAUUGGCUUGAGAUUUCAUGGGAUGAAUUGCGCAUUAAGGAACGUGUUGGCGCUGGAUCUUUUGGCACAGUGCAUCGAGCUGAAUGGCACGGAUCGGAUGUGGCAGUUAAGGUUCUAAAUGUCCAGGAUUUUCAUGAAGAUCAGCUGAAGGAGUUUUUACGUGAGGUUGCGAUUAUGAAACGUAUACGCCAUCCAAAUGUGGUGCUGUUCAUGGGUGCUGUCACGAAACGUCCACAUCUAUCUAUAGUAACAGAAUACUUGCCAAGAGGGAGUCUAUUCCGACUGAUACACAAGCCAGCCGCUGGUGAAAAUUUCGAUCAGAGGCGAAGACUACGCAUGGCUCUGGAUGUGGCAAAGGGUAUCAAUUAUCUUCAUCGUCUUACGCCACCGAUUGUUCACUCGGAUCUGAAAUCGCCAAAUCUGUUGGUUGAUAAGAAUUGGAAUGUGAAGGUUUCUGAUUUUGGCUUAUCAAGGUUCAAAGCAAACACAUUCAUAUCAUCAAAAUCUGCUGCUGGAACACCUGAGUGGAUGGCUCCCGAAUUCCUUCGUGGGGAGCCCUGCAAUGAGAAGUCUGAUGUGUACAGUUUUGGAGUUAUUUUAUGGGAGCUUGUCACCAUGCAACAGCCAUGGAGUGAACUUAGCCAUGCCCAGGUGGUUGGGGCAGUUGGUUUCCAGAAUAGGAGACUUACAAUCCCACAUAACACCUCCGCCAUUUUAGUUUCCCUGAUGGAGUCUUGCUGGGCAGAUGACCCUAGACAACGACCCUCGUUUGUUUACUUAGUUGAUACUUUGAAGAAGUUGCUGAAAUCUCCUUUGCAGUUGAUACAAAUGGGCAGACAAUGAGAGGCCAUUUCUUUCUUUUCCGUUUUCUGCUAAAAGGUUAGAUGACUGUAGCUGUGAAAAACACUUGUACUGAGUAGUAUUUUUUCUCUGGAAUUGCUGCAAUAAGUUUGGAAAUAUCGUUGAGAAGAAAAUUAAAGUAAGAUAAAAGCAGGGAUUACUUUUUUGUAAGAGAAAAUGCUGUUUAGAAGUGUGGUGAAGUUAACUAGCUGCAUUUCCAUGGGAAUGAAUGAUAUUGCUGCAAUUAUAGCCAAACAACAUAAUUCCAGUUUUCGGACACCAUGGUAAAAUUACCCGGGCAAAGAUCUAUAAAAUUAGACUCGAUUAUUUUUCUUGGAUUUUAUUAGGGUAUAAUUCGUCAAUACAUAAAUGAAUUAUAUUCAAUUAGAAUUCCAAUAGCUUUUUGAAAACCUUUUUAAGUUUUGUCUCUUGAACUUUGUGAGUAUGGUAGAAUUUUUUUAAGAUACUCAUUAAAUAUAUUUGUAGUUGUAAUAUAUUUUUUUAUCGAGACCAUCUGACAGGAUUGACCAGAGAUCCAACCAACUUCGGAUCUAGUUGAGUGGGUUUGGGUUGAUUAUUCAACCAGUUAGCAAGAAAACAGUCAGACUUGAAGUGAUUGCGUCAAAACUCGAUCAACUCGGGCAUUAAUCCACCCGGGUCAAUCUAAUCCGACCAAUUUACUCAUUUUCAAUACAUUUAAUUUUAAAAAUAAAAUUAUUGUAUAUAUGUAUAUUGUAAAUAUUUAUGAUGAGAG